AUGGAAUUUUAUGCAGAACCACAAGGUUCAGUAGCUAUUUCUUGCAAGGAUGUACCUGUGACCAAAGUAAAUGGUAAAAUUCAGCACCAAAUUCAGAAAUUCACAGUAGAAGAUGGCGAUCAUGUGUUGUUAUUUCGUGCUUGUAAAUAUGGUAAUAACAAGCAUAAGAAGAAAUACAGUACAUUGGUGACAGUCAUGAAUCAUGUAUCAUUUCAUGCAUCUUUAAGCCAAAUUAUCAAGACAAGACAAGUGGAUAUGUCGACUAAGGAUCUUGCUGGUAAGGGCUCUAAGCGUGUUGUGACAAAGAUGAAGAAGACGACAGAAUAG